AUGUCAUUUAUACAUAAAAUUAUAGACCGAGCAACACGGAAUAGCAGUAGUAGUAGCAGCAGCCAUUAUGGUUCCUCCGAAGAAAAGCCUCAGCGUCGAUCAUUUUUUGGAUUUGGAGCAAACAGUAAUGGUAGUACAACAAUCAACAAUAAAGAGCAAGAAGAUGCCAUGUCAACCACAAGCAACGGCAAAGAAAACAAAAGAUUCUCAGGUACACAUCAGUCGUUAGGCAAGUCUUCUUGCUCUUCUGCCACAGUCGUGAUACCAGAAGAUCAUACCAAGGAAAAAGAACGCGAGAAAUUAAUACAGCAGUAUGCCAAUUAUGACCGUGCCAUUCUUGAACAACGCAAAAAUAGACCUAGGCUUAAAUUAGAGGAUUUUAAUUUGUUACGGACACUGGGCACAGGUUCUUUUGGGCGUGUUCAUUUAGCACAAUCCAAACAUAAUGGUCGAUAUUAUGCUAUUAAGGUGCUUAAAAAGUCAGAAGUCGUCCGACUAAAGCAAGUAGAGCACACCAACUUAGAAAAGGCCAUCUUGGAGAUCACAGCUAAUCCGUUUAUUGUGAAUCUGUGGGGUACUUUUCAAGACGAUAUCAACUUGUAUAUGGUAAUGGAUUACGUGCCUGGAGGAGAGUUAUUUAGUGUGCUCAGAAAGAAUCAGCGUUUUCCUGAUCAUGUCGCUAAAUUUUAUGCGGCAGAAGUGGUAUUGGCGAUUGAAUAUUUUCAUUCAAAAAACAUUAUUUAUAGAGACCUGAAGCCCGAAAAUUUGUUGUUAGACUCACAAGGUCAUAUUAAAAUCACAGAUUUCGGGUUUGCAAAACAUGUCCCUGACGUUACUUGGACCUUAUGUGGUACACCUGAUUAUUUGGCACCUGAAGUGAUUCAAUCCAAAGGGUAUGGUAUGGCUGUUGAUUGGUGGAGUCUGGGUAUUUUGAUAUUUGAAAUGUUGGCAGGACACCCUCCAUUCUAUGAUGAUGAUCAUCUAAAACUCUAUGAAAAGAUCAUCCAAGGCAAAAUUAAAUGGCCAGCUUAUUUUGAUCCACAUGCUAAAGAUUUGUUGAAGCGACUAUUGACAGCCGAUUUAUCGCGUCGCUAUGGUAACUUGAAAGGAGGAGCAGAAGACAUAAAGAACCACAAAUGGUUUAGUGGUGUUGAUUUUGUGCGUAUGGCUAAUCGUCAGGUACGAUCUCCUUAUGUGCCUACCAUUCGAGGUGAAGGUGAUGCCUCUAAUUUUGAUCGUUAUCCAGAGACAAAUGAACGCUAUGGUAUCUCUGGACCAGAUCCUUACCGUGAUAAGUUUGCUGAUUUUUAG